GGAAGCCAAAUGUGAAGACACUUUUUCUAGGUCCGCGAAACAAACAAAUUUCUUGCAAUCGAAGGUACCUUUGGUUUUUUUUUUUUCGGGCUUCUCUCUCUGUUUCUUCUCCCUCAAUCCAACACCCAUCUGCCAACUUUUUCUGGGUAUUGUUCGUUUUCGUCGCAAGCAAGCGUUUUCUGAGUAAUCUCAGCCCUAGCACCUGUAAGGAAAUCUAUGGGUCGUGAAUCUGCUGCUCUUGUGUCUUCGCCGCCGCCGACUACGCCGGGCUCCGCCGCGUCGGCGACGGCUUUGGCUCCCGGCUUCCGAUUUCAUCCGACGGACGAGGAACUCGUCAGUUAUUACUUGAAGAGGAAGGUUCAGAAUAAACCCGUGCGGUUCAAUGCGAUUGGGGAGGUCGAUAUCUACAAGCACGAGCCCUGGGAGUUAGCAGUGUACUCGAAGUUAAAGACAAGAGAUCAGGAAUGGUACUUCUUCAGUGCGUUGGAUAAGAAGUAUGGAAACGGUGCUAGAAUGAACCGGGCAACGAACAAAGGUUACUGGAAAGCUACUGGAAAAGACAGGGAAAUUCGUCGUGAUAACCAGCUGAUUGGGAUGAAGAAGACCCUUGUGUUUCACAGUGGGCGUGCCCCCGAUGGGCUGAGGACCAAUUGGGUCAUGCACGAGUAUCGCCUCGUUGAAUAUGAAGUGGAAAAGAUCGGAAGCAUGCAGCAAGAUGCUUAUGUGUUGUGCAGAGUAUUUCACAAGAACAACAUCGGGCCACCAAGUGGAAAUCGUUAUGCACCGUUCUUGGAAGAAGAGUGGAAUGAUGGAGGAAUGGCUCUGAUCCUGGGAGAAGAUGUGAGGAUCACGGGGGAGCCAGUUCCAGUUGCCGGCACUAAUGAGGAUGAGCAGGAGAUUCAGUCCAUGAGCAAGGAUCUCAUCAACAUCAACGAGCUCCCGAGAGAGACUCAGAUCGAUAAUGAACACACGAGAGUUGUUCCUAACCGACAGCAACAUCAUCAUGAUGAUACUCCCAAGCUGCAAGAGAAAGACAACUCGCUAAAGCAUGAUCGCCCGCAAGAAGACUGUCCUCCCCUUUGUGUCCUGAACAAAGAAGCGCCCUUACCCCUCCUCCAAUACAAACGGAGACGCCAAAACGACUCAAUGGGCAACUCCCACAACUCAAGCCGAACCACCCAAGACCAUUGCUCAUCCACAACGACUUUCGACAAUACCUUGACAUCAUCUGCUGCCACCAACACUGCCAUCUCUGCUCUGCUUGAAUUCUCCCUAAUGGGAACCACUGAUAAGAAAGAGACCCCACCACCAUUGCCAUUGCCACCUCAGAAGGUACCUUCUCCUCUGACUCCUCCAUCAAACAAACCCGACAACAACAACAAAGACGAGCAGGGAGCUAUUUUGAUGCCGGCGAACUGCACCAAGCUGAUCAACGAUCUGCAGAAGGAGAUUCACCAGAUGUCGGUAGAGAGAGAGACGUUCAAGCUGGAAAUGAUGAGUGCUGAGGCAAUGAUCAGCAUUCUUCAGUCAAGGAUCGAUGCUCUGCGUCAGGAGAAUGAGGAGCUUAGGAAGAACAUCAAGGGGCAAUGCUCUUAAAGACCCGCAAGUUAUCAGGUUCCCCCCUUCUGUUUCUUACCCGUCGCUGUAAUCUCCCUAAGUUAUGUCCCGGAAGAGCUUCCGGGCCGUAAUCCCUAUGAGUUAGUGAACUGCCCUCUUUGUUUUAUGGGUUGGAACGGAUCUGAGAUGGGAAGUGAAUCUCUGUUGUAUAAGUAGUAGGAUAAGAAGGACAGAGGCUGUCUGUGUCUUUGAUUCUCCAUGGUGUUUCAGGGAAACAUUUGCAAGUUGGUCUUAUUGUCAUAUAUUCUAUGUAGUUUGUUCAGACCAGAACUCAGAAAUCUUUCCUUCUGUUCACUUGCCGUUUUGAGUAGUUACAGUCUCCAUUA